CCAAUGUACCAUGGGAUGCAUCAAAUCCAAGGCUGCCUUCCAAGGUUCCAACGCUGUCCAGGAUGAGCGGAUCGGGGCGGGCGGCGAGGGGUGCACUGGGGAGAAGUCGUCGCUGCUGGCGGUGCAGGCGGAGGAGAGGGGCCCCUCGAGCACCAUCGUGCUGGACUACGCGCAGCGGCUGUCGCGCGAGAUCCUGGAGCAGGCGGUCAAGCAGUGGGCGGUGACCGAGAGCAAGUACAGCGACAUCCCCUUCAUCGAGAGCGACGUGCCCUGAGCCUCCUGCCAGCGCCCCCGUGGGGAGGUGGCUGCAGGGAGAGCCCGAGAAAAUUUGCCUUUUAGAUUGCUAACAGACUAAUUGGAUCGCAGUAGAAGCCGUUCGUCGAGUGUCAUUCGUUGUCAGCCAUGUGUUGAGUCAAUCUCUGUCUUUGUACGUGCUGGAUGUGAGCAGAAAUCAGCGCUAAAAGGAGGAUGAGAAGACUGUGGCUGCCCUGCACCUCUACAAGCACUGCCACAGAGGACAAAACGUGCAUUAUUUCUGUGUUCUGCAUUAAAGAUCAGAGGUCUGUCUGUAGGUGAGAUGAACUUGCUGUGCUUGGUGAAUUUGUCUGCUGUUUCGCUGAAGUGAAAUCAAGGUCUGCAUGUAGCAAAGGUUACUGCUAUCAUAAAUUUUACUUUUGAUUCUGUGACCUAACCAAAUCUGUAAAAUCACAAAAUGAAGGUGAUGGGAGGCACUUUGUAAACCCCAGCAGUAUUCAGGGAGCCAUUUGGAUGAUGAUGCUAUUCACCUUCCAUUGAAGUGAACCAGUGAGAAACAUGCCAGUGUCGAUAAGCAGCGCAUUAUCAUUAACAGAUGCUUCUGUAAAUGCAUGAGCUUGUCUCUAAAACCCUGCAGUAAGAUAGGUUAAUGACAUCUGGUCGCUGUGUUCAGACCAAAGCUCUUUGGUUUUUUGGUUUUGUUUGGGGAUUUUUUGUGUUAGGGUGCUGGUUUGAGAGGAUUUGGUUUUGUUGUUUUACUGUAACCCAGAGAGAUGUGCAAAAACUACUGAUGGUAACUAGUGAAAGGAACCUUCAGAGGUGUGACAGUGCUUCAGGACAGUUUAUUUCAUGGGAGCUGUGGCUGCAUUACACUGGAAUUCCUCUCUGAAUACCAUCCUUGGGACAGGACAUCUUUCAGCUUCUGUCAGCUGCUGCUUCCCCACUGGCAAAGCUGUUCAUGGCAAUGCCAGCAGGAGCCACAGGAGCCCCAUCCCUGAGCAGUGCCCUGAAUGCAGAGUUAGGGACUAAGCCUGAGGCCCAAAGCUCAAGGGCUGCAUUUCUCCCCCAGUGCAUCCACACGCUGCUCCCUGCUUGCCCAGGACCCACAGCCUGACCCACUGCACUCACAGCUGCCCUUGGACAGAUCAGGACACCCAUGGAUCAAUUUCAUUCAUCCCAAAGGUACAAUGUUGCUGAUAUUUUAUACAAAGUGAAGCCUUCUAACAGCUUGGCUUUUACCACCUGUUGGUUCCUUUCUCUGUGAUGCCCAGUGUAAAAAACAAAGUUCUUUUUCCCAGAUCAGAAUGCUUUCCAUUUUGUUUUCAUUUUAUAGAGAAAUGCUUUCCAUACUGGCUAAAGCUGUUACUAUUUUUAAAAGGUACACAUAGUUCUAGUAAAUGAUCCAAAGCAUGAUUUUUCAAGCAAUGGGAAGCAAGCAGAAAGAGGACCAUGUCAAAUGCUGUAGACAGUCUAUGAAUUGAGCUGUUUUGCAAAUGUUGUGACACAAACUUAGAUAUUUGAAAUUUACCUAUAUGGGGAAAGGGUUUUAUCUGGAAUGAAGGGUGGAAAAUGCUUCCCUGUGACACAGCACAAGACUGCCAUUAAAUCCCAGUGGCCAGACUGGAUUCCCAGUGACCUGCUAUUAGGGCUGUUCUCAGGCUUUUGCUGGAAAAGGGAACAAAAUCAGCUUAUGCUGUAAUGUCCUCUUUGAAGUUACAUAGCUGUCUUCAAAGCCAUUUGCAAAGUGGGACUAAGGUUUUAUGGUUCACUUAAAUUCUCCUGCUAACAGUGACAUUCCUUCCAGUUCUACAGCAUAUAGAACAUUUGAUCAUACCCUGUUUGCUCUAAAAUACCUCCAUGUAUUAGUGUGUGUUAGAAAGCAAAGCCAAAACACUGAUCAAGUCAGUACAUAUCAAUUGGAUAUUGCUUAAGCACAGUAUUAAAAAAGAUUCAUAUUUUUACUUUAGCUAAAAUAAAGCUUUAUCACAAAAUAGAAAAAAAAAGGGCCAACCUUUCUAACAUGAGUGUGGGCUUGAGGAUGUGAACACUGCUAACGACAGUGAUGAAAAAUAAAAAGCCAAAGCUCCACAGCCAUUGUUGGCCAGGCAGGUGAGGAGCAGGUAGAACACUGCACUCACUGUCAGAGCACCUUGGGGUGCAUCUGCCCUGGCCCUUGUACAAGGCUCCCUGGAGGCUGCCACGGGCAGCGAGGUGCUGCAGUGCUUCCUCUUGCCACGUCUCAAAUCCUUCCCCUGGAUGCAGCCUUAGCACCUGACACUCUUCAGGAAUAUCAGAUGCCCUUUUGAAAGCAGCUCCCUGCUGGCAGCUGCCUGCUGCAGGCAGAGCUGUAGCACAGCCUAAGGUUCCACUCCAGCAUCCCUUGGGAUCAGCACUUCCCCAGAGGAGGGGACGUGCCCCAGGGUCUGCUCCCCUGUGGAGGAGCUGCUCUGUGGGGUGGCUGCCCUCCUGCCCCACAGCACCAGCUGCUGGUGGCCCGACCAGUCCCUCACCUGCAGCCACCAACCUCAGCCCUCGCUGGUGCCUGAAGAUUGCAGCAGCUCCAGAAUGGCCCCAAGUGCAAUUCCAGCUGCUUUGGGAUGUUUUCCAUGACACUGGCACUUCAGGGAAGGCACGCAGCAAAUGGAAAGCAAACAACAGGGAGACUGCUUCUCACCAGGAAAAUCAUCUCUUUUCCAGGAUGCUGUCCUUAUAAAUAAUGUACUUACCCUUAAUAGAAAAUAAAUCUGUUCAGUGCUAGUCUGGUAAGAGAUGGAGGGAGGUCUCUCUCCAGAGCUCUGCUGUACAUUUAACAGGCACAAUACUAAUACAUGGCAAAAAUCAAGACUUCUUCACCUAAAUAAAUUUGUGCUGUGCUAGUUUUACAGAGCCACUGACAAUGGGUUUCCAGCUAAGUUACCAUUGAUUCUUUGACUUCAUUUUGUGUAAUAAAGGCGCUCCAGUUUGGGACUGGCAUACUCUGCAAAACUGUUUACUUCUAUUUAGGAGUUAAAAAUACAUUUGCUUUAUAUUUUCUCCAGGAAACAAGAUUAAUCUGAGUGGGUAUGAUGUGACUGACUUGAUAUUCUAAUAAUGGUUCAAAAUACAUUAACUGCAGCACAACUUUGUAAAGUUGACAUUUCUGGACUAAGGCACAUCAGUAUUCCCAAAUAAAACACACUACAAUAUAUUUUUACAAUAUUUUUUGUGGAAAAUAUUUUCUUGUGGACCAAAUAAAAUUCAACUUACCAUCUG